AUGAACAUCCGGUGUCCGCCAUGUUGCUUUCCUUUCGUCGUCUUUACUUUUUUUCUCUUAAAUCUUUUUUUUUUUCCUUUUUUUCUUUCAUUUUCCUUCCAUUUUCUGAUUAGUUUUCUUUCAUAUUUGUCUUUUUUUCAUUUCGGAUAUCGUUUUUUUCUGAUCCUACUUGUUGACGUUAUUUUUUCUUUCAUUCAUUUUCCAUACCAUUUUUUUCAUUUUUCUCUUCUCUCAUUCAUUUUCCAUACCAGUUUUUUUAUUCUAAUUUUCUCUCAUUCAUUUUCCCUACCAGUUUUUUUCAUUUUUCUCUUCUUUCAUUCAUUUUCCAUACCAGUUUUUCAUUUUUAUUUUCUCUCAUUCAUUUUCCCUACCAGUUUUUUUCAUUUUUCUCUUCUCUCAUUCAUUUUCCAUACCAGUUUUUCAUUUUUAUUUUCUCUCAUUCAUUUUAUCUACCAGUUUUUUUUUUCAUUUUUCUCUUCUCUCAUUCAUUUUCCAUACCAGUUUUCAUUUUUAUUUUUCUCAUUCAUUUUACCUACCAUUUUUUUCAUUUUUCUCUUCUCUCAUUCAUUUUCCAUACCAGUUUUUCAUUUUUAUUUUCUCUCAUUCAUUUUACCUACCAGUUUUUUUCAUUUUUUCUCUUCUCUCAUUCAUUUUCCAUACCAGUUUUUCAUUUUAUUUUUUCUCAUUCAUUUUUACCUACCAGUUUUUUUUUCAUUUUUCUCUUCUCUCAUUCAUUUUCCAUACCAGUUUUUCAUUUUUAUUUUCUCUCAUUCAUUUUACCUACCAGUUUUUUUUCAUUUUUCUCUUCUCUCAUUCAUUUUCCAUACCAGUUUUUCAUUUUUAUUUUCUCUCAUUCAUUUUACCUACCAGUUUUUUUUUUAUUUUUCUCUUCUCUCAUUCAUUUUCCAUACCAGUUUUUUUUCAUUUUUCUUUUCUCUCAUUCAUUUUCCUUCUCUUAUAGUACUUACAUCAAUUUAUUUCACUUUGCCUCGUUGUCUUUACCGCCUGCUACUCUUUAUUUUUUUCUCAGUCCCCCCCCCACAUACAAAAUGUUUCUUUUAUUUAUCAUCCUUUUCCUUUUCUUCAUUCCUUAUUCCUUCUUUCCGUACCACCCGCUUUCUUUGUUUCCAUAACUUAGUCGUUUAUGGCACUCCAUGUCUUCUUCCUACCUUUUGCAAUAUGGGUUCCUUUACUAUCCGUCUCAGGUCCUUUUCUCCGCUCCAUUUUCCUCAUAUUCCCCUAAGUCUUCCUCUUUCUCCUGAAACACGACGAGUCUCUCUCUUUCCCCGAAAACACGACGAGUCUCUCUCUUUCCCCGAAAACACGACGAUUCUCUCUCUUUCUCCUGAAACAGGCCAAGUCUCCCUCUUUCUCUUGAAACACGUGACAAGUCUCUCUCUUUCUCCUGAAACAGGAAAAGUCUCUCUCUUUCUCCUGAAACACGAAAGUGUCUAUCUUUCUCUUGAAAUUCGAUGCGUCUCUCUCUUUCUCCUGAAUCACGAUGAGUCUCUUUCUUCUGAAACACGGCAGGUCUCACUCUUUCUCCUGAAACCUCGCACCUCGCUUUCUCCUGAAACACGUCUUCUCUCUCUCUCUCUCUCUCUCUCUCGCUCUCUCUCUCUCUCUCUCUCUCUCUCUCUCUCUCUCUCACCCCAGAGAGAGCUCUCUGACAGAACAAUGGAUUUUCAAAAUUACAUUUGCAUAUGCGAUAUCUAUAUUGUUAUUAACUUGAGGGUCGAUAUUUUACGGCGUCAUUAA